AUGCUCUAUCCUGCCCCAUGCCCUUCCUCCUGCGCUGAAUCCAGUAGACCAGUCAGGUGCAAUUCUCUUGCUUGCUUGCUUUCAGACCCAGACUGGGCAUCCCACAGCCUAGGGAUCUUCAUCUGCUUGAAUUGUUCAGGAAUCCAUCGCAAUAUCCCACAAGUCAGCAAAGUGAAGUCCGUCCGUCUGGAUGAUUGGGAUGAUGCUCAAGUGGAGUUUAUGGCCGCGAAUGGAAACAAUGUAGCAAAAGCAAAAUAUGAAUCUAAAAUGCCACCGUUUUAUUACAAGCCAACAUUUCUUGACUGUCAACUGCUGCGGGAACAGUGGAUCAGAGCCAAAUACGAACGAAAAGAGUUCAUUCACAGCGAGAAGCAGGAACCUUAUUCUGCAGGGUACCGAGAAGGAUUUCUGUGGAAGAGAGGACGCGACAACGGGCAAUUCUUAAGUCGAAAAUUUGUGUUAUCGGAGAGGGAAGGUGCACUGAAGUACUUCAACAAAAAUGAUGCAAAAGAACCCAAAGCAAUUAUGAAGAUCGAACAUCUAAAUGCGACUUUCCAACCUGCAAAAAUCGGGAACCCACACGGACUGCAGAUCACGUACUUGAAGGACAAUAGCACAAGGAACAUCUUUGUCUAUCAUGAAGAUGGCAAG